AUGGCCGAGCUCAAGUCGCUGUCAGGGGACGCAUACCUGGCGCUGAGCCAYGGGUACGCGGCGGCCGCAGGCCUCGCCUACGGGGCGGUGAGGGGCCCCGAGGCGGCCCGCGGCUACGGCGCGCCUGGUCCGGGCGGCGACCUCCCCGCGGUGCCCGCUCCCCGCGCCCCCGCCGCAGCGGCCGAGAGCAGCGGCGAGCAGAGUGGCGAUGAGGACGACGCCUUCGAGCAGCGGCGGCGGCGGCGCGGGCCGGGGGUCGCGGCGGACGGGCGGCGGCGGCCCCGGGAGCAGCGCUCGCUGAGACUCAGCAUCAACGCGCGCGAGCGGCGGCGCAUGCACGACCUGAACGACGCUCUGGACGGGCUUCGCGCGGUCAUCCCCUACGCGCACAGCCCGUCGGUGCGAAAGCUCUCCAAGAUCGCCACGCUGCUGCUGGCCAAGAACUACAUCCUCAUGCAGGCGCAGGCCCUGGACGAGAUGCGGCGCCUGGUGGCCUACCUCAAC